AUGGACAGAUCUAGAUCCAAGAGGAACUAUUACUAUGACCAAGACUAUGAUGGGGAGACCAUGGGUAGGACGAAACCUCGGUACAACAACCAUCACUACCUCCCUAAUAGUCACCGCCACCGUGGAAACAAUCCCAACAACAAUAACAACGGAGGCAAUAACGGUCGACCUCCUAAUAAAGGCAGUGGCGGUAGCGGCGGCGGGGGUGGAGGAGGACAAGACUCUUCCCUUAUGGUCACCACUAGCUACCGCAUUCUCUGCCACGAUAUGAAAGCUGGGGGUGUAAUUGGUAAGUCGGGUAGCAUUAUCAAGUCCAUAAGACAGCACACCGGCGCGUGGAUCAACGUGCACGAGCUGAUUCCCGGCGACGAGGAACGUAUCAUCGAAAUAUCUGACACGCGUCGCCGUGACCCUGAAGGGAGAAUGCCGGCUUUUUCUCCUGCUCAGGAGGCGUUGUUCCUUAUACAUGAGAGGAUUCUGGAGAGUGAUUCGGAGUUUGGAUUUGGUGGUGCCGGAGGAGAGGAGGAGGAGGAGGAAUAUGGAGCGGUGGUGAGAGGAGGAGGGAACAGGGUGGCGACGAGGUUGGUUGUUUCGAGGAUGCAUGUGGGUUCUUUAUUGGGGAAAGGAGGAAAGAUUAUUGAGCAAAUGAGAAUGGAAACAAAGACUCAGAUUAGGAUUCUGCCUAGAGACCAUAACUUGCCCCGUUGCGUUUCCAUGUCUGAGGAGAUUGUUCAGGUUGUAGGUGAUGCAAAUGCUGUAAAAAAUGCUAUAGCAAUUAUUUCAUCACGCUUAAGGGAGAGUCAGCAUCGUGACCGCAGUAAUUUCCAUGGACGAAUGCAUUCACCAGAGUGGUUUUCCCCUGAUGAUGAUUAUAUUCCACCGGUAAACAAUACUUCACGUAAAUCAUCUAUGGAUGGUUCUUUUGGUUCUCGGAUGUCUACUAUGAAUUACAGAGGCAACAAUUAUUCCUCCCGUCCAUCUGGCUUCAUUGAAGCUGGGACUGCUCCUAUGGCUAACGGUGGACAACCUCUGUAUGGUGAGGAUCUUGUGUUUCGGAUACUUUGCCCUAUUGACAAGGUUGAUAGUGUUUUUGGGGAGCCAGAUGGCAUAGUAGAUUUACUUCAAAAUGAAAUUGGUGUGGAUGUCAAGGUUGCUGAUCCCGUGGUAGGGUCAGAUGAGCAGAUAAUUACCAUUUCUUCUGAGGAGGGUCCUGAUGAUGAGUUGUUUCCAGCUCAAGAGGCUUUAUUGCAUAUCCAAACUCAGAUUGUUGACCUUGUUCCUGAUAAAGAUAACAUAGUAACUACUAGGUUGCUUGUUCCAUCAAGUGAAAUUGGAUGUUUAGAGGGAAGAGAUGGAUCAUUAUCUGAAAUGAAAAGAUUAACCGGUGUAAACAUACAGAUACUGUCGGGAGAAGAACUUCCUUCUUGUGUAUCAGGACUGAAUGACAUUGUGCAGAUUGUUGGGGAAAUAAAGGCAGCUCGAGAUGCUCUUGUUGAGAUCACAUCACGGUUACGCAGUUACUUGUAUAGGGAAUUCUCUCAGGUCCCUCCAGCACCACCUAUCACUGCAACAACAUCCAUUGGGAAUAUUUCUCCAGACCUAACUCCAGCUCGUGAUGGACAAACUGCCAAUGACCAUCCUGCUGGAGCCUAUCAGAAUGUGCCAACUCCAGCAACAUCAAAGGAAGUUAUGAAAUCUGGUGCGGAAACAGUGAAGCAGACUGAAUCUGAACGGCGGGAAGAUGUACCAAGUGCAAUUAGCAGGAUCGCUGUACCACUUGUUACUAAGAGUACACUUGAAGUUGUCAUACCGGAUUAUGCUGUUCCCAAGCUGAUAGCAAAAUCGAAAAACAAACUGGCGCAGAUCAGCGAGUUGUCUGGUGCCAAUGUGACUCUGGUAGAAGAUAGACCAGAUGAGGCGCAAAAGAUCAUUCAAAUAUCGGGUACUCCAGAGCAGUCCGAGAGAGCCCAAAGCUUGCUUCAAGGCUUCAUUCUAAGCACACAAGAAGAUGGACCUUAAACUAUUCCUAUGACUCGGAUCUUAAACCGAUGUUUCCAUGUAAUCCGAUUCUCCAGAUGUAUAAUUCUGAACUUAUAAUGAGUUGUUGUGCACUGUCAUGUAGCCAUAAAACAAUGGUAUGUCUUUUGCUUAAAGUCUGUCUUGAAUUAAGAACUGUGGGGAGUGUAAGAGAGCUCCAUUGUAAAUUGUAACAUGAGGAGUUACUCUGUCUUGUUGUUUUUCC